CUUAUUGGUGUUGUUAUGUUAUUAGUAUUAUUACUUGAACCAAGUAAAAUCCGUGCUUUGAGUGUUUUAGUACGAUGUGUGUGCCUAAUUCUCAAGGCAAAUUUGCACUGGAACAGAAUGGGACGCAAUUCAUCCAACCAUUCAGAGUCUCCUGUUGGGAGGCGAGGGUCUCCUCACAGGGAGAGUCCAUCUAAUAGAGAAAGAUCACCUGUGAGACAUAAGACUUCACGCAGAGGAAGCUCCCCUGUAAGAGAAAGGUCUCCUUCUCGGCGCAGGAGUUCUCGCAGGGAUAAUUCUUUGGAAAGAGAGAAACGUUCUGGCCAUACUAAGUCUCCAAAGCAUGCUAGUUCACAGUCUCCCAUUUCUUGCUCUCCGUCUACCCGUACAAAGAGGUUAAGGAGAGCACAGGCUGAAAAGGAGGUUGAGAAAGUGAAGGAGAGAGAGUAUGAGAGAAAUCAUAGCAGGGGUAGUGAGAAGAGUACACAUAGGGAUAGAGCUUCAGGAAAGGAAAGGAAUUCAGAGAGGGAAAUGGGAGUAGACAGAAAGGAGAGAAAGUCAGGGAGAGAUGAUACUAAUAGCAAAUCUGCUAGAGGGAGACAUGACCGGUCUGUUUCUCCAUCUGAUCGCCACCAUCGGAGCAGGCAUAGAUCUCGCUCACCUGCAUCCAAUUCAAGAACCCGUGAUGAGGUGAAUAACUCAAGAGGUGCCGAACAAAGUAGGGAUGAUGAAUAUGAUUCUGUCUCUAAGAUGAAGGCAGCUGAGGAGGCCUUGGAAGCAAAACAAAAGCAAAAACCAACAUUUGAGUUAUCCGGAAAGCUUGCAGCAGAAACCAAUAGAGUUAGAGGUGUGACUUUGCUGUUCAAUGAACCCCCUGAUGCUCGAAAACCUGAUAUAAGAUGGCGACUUUAUGUUUUCAAAGCUGGUGAAGUAUUAAAUGAGCCCCUUUAUAUACAUCGCCAAAGCUGUUACCUUUUUGGGAGAGAAAGACGAGUAGCAGACAUUCCUACCGACCAUCCAUCCUGCAGCAAGCAACAUGCUGUCAUUCAAUUCCGGCAAGUAGAGAAAGAGCAACCUGAUGGUACAUUAUCCAAGCAAGUAAGGCCUUAUAUAAUGGACCUUGGAAGCACUAAUAAAACUUUUAUUAACGACAAUCCCAUUGAACCUCAACGUUAUUAUGAACUUUUUGAGAAAGACACCAUUAAAUUUGGUAAUAGUAGCCGAGAGUAUGUUCUGCUUCACGAGAAUUCUUCCCAGUGAGACGUACUGACAUGCCACCACUGUCAUAUGAAUCCGUGUGUCCAGCAGGCUCUGGAAAUGGGAAUAUUUUUGUUAUCAACUUGUUUAUUACAAAGAACAAGGAAUGUUAUUGUAGUAGUCAUUUUUCCUCAUUUGAGAUUGAAGAGGUUUCUUGUAGAACUAGAUGGUUGGGUUUAAUCCAGUUUACACUGGCGCAUACUAUGUUUUGCACUCACCAUUUUUUCGUCUUGAAAGUAGCCAGCACCUACACUUCGUUUAUAAUACAGUCACCAUCUUUUUGUUA